AUGGCUGAACUCUCUUCAAACUGGAAAAGGCUGCAAGCCAAAAUCAAGGCCGAGUCGGCGUCCAAGCCAGCAGCGCCCAAACGAAAGGCACCCGACGGUGGGCUCGAUGAACCGACCCAUGAACUCUCAAGAAAGAAGCAGAAGCAGCAACGAACUCAGAUACGAAAGCCUACUUCAUCAUCAAAAGCAAGCCAAAAACCAAUCUCCAAACUCCCUCAAACAGCAAAAGCCAAACCCUCCAUGGGCAACACUCAAUCCUCCAAAAUCGACCCCGUCCCGCCCAAUUCCAAGCACGGCGUCUCACCCUCCCUCGCCGUCUGGGCAGCAGACAACGACAUUUCCCCAGAAUCCCUAGCCGAGGCCUAUGGUCUAGGCCUUCAAGCCAAAUCGCUUCUCUCCACCGACAAUCCGGGCCGGCCCAACGAAGGGCUCGCUCCCGGUGUGGAGUUGGGGAAGUACGUGGCCAUUGACUGCGAGAUGGUGGGCGUGGGCGAGGGCGGGCGGGACGACGCGCUUGCGCGCGUCAGCGUGGUGGAUUUCCACGGGCGGCAGGUGUAUGACUCGUUUGUGAAGCCCAGGGAGCGGGUGGUGGAUUGGCGGACGCAUGUCAGUGGGGUUGCGCCGCGGCAUAUGGCGGCGGCCAGGGGGUUUGAGGAGGUGCAUGGCCAGGUGGCGGAGCUAUUGAAGGGGAGGAUUGUGGUUGGGCAUGAUGUCAAGCAUGAUUUGAGGGUGUUGGAGCUGGAUCAUCCCGGGAAGAUGAUACGGGAUACGGCCAAGUUUUCGGGGUUUAGGAAAUAUGGGAAUGGGCCGAAGCCUGCGCUGAAGGUGCUGGCGAGGGAAAUUCUGGGGUUCGAGAUCCAGACGGGACAGCAUUCGAGCAUUGAGGAUGCGAGGGUGGCGAUGUUGUUGUUCAGGAAGCACAAGCCGGCCUUUGACGUGGAGCACGCGAAUCGGUAUCCGGACGAGGCGAAGACGAAACCGAGAAAAGCCGGCAAGGGGAAGAAGACAAAGAAGCGAUGA